AUGACAGGCGUAAUUCGAUCUAAACGACUUAAACGUAAAGACAAGGCCGCCACCCUAACAUCGUCUCACCCGUUGUCACCCGGUGAGGCAUCUAUCUAUCCUAAUCGGUUAAUAUAUAUUUAUCUAUCUUGCUCUGUUAAUGUCUAUCUAUCUAUCUAUCUAUCUAUCUAUCUAUCUGCCCAUAGUCUAUUCAUAUCUAUCUAUCUAUCUAUCUAUCUAUCUAUCUAUCUGCGCAUAGUCUAUUCAUAUCUAUCUAUCUAUCUAUCUAUCUAUCUACAACAGGUUAUGCAUUGGUGGGAAUUAUAUUAUUCCUUUAAUCCUGACCAAGCGCUCUAUCUAUCUAUCUAUCUAUCUUUAAUAUGUUCCUAUCUAUCUAUCUAUCUAUCUUUAAUAUGUUCCUAUCUAUCUAUCUAUCUAUCUUUAAUAUGUUCCUAUCUAUCUAUCUAUCUAUCUAUCUUUAAUAUGUUCCUAUCUAUCUAUCCCAUAAUAUAUUUUAUUCAUCUAUCUAUAUUUUUAAUAUGUUCCUAUUUAUCUAUCUAUCUAUCUAUAUCUAUCUAUCUUAAUAUGUUGUUAUUAUCUAUCAUAUUAAUUAAUAUGUUCCUAUCUAUCUAUCUAUAUUUAAUAUUUUCUAUCUAUCUAUCUUCAAUAUCUUUAUUGAUCUAUCUAUCUAGAAUUAAUAUGUUGUUAUCUAUCUAUCUAUCUAUCUUCUUUAAUUAUCAUUCAUCUAAUUAUUUAUCUAUCUAUUUAUUUUUAUUAUGUUUCUUCUAUCUAUCUAUCUAUCUUUAA